AUGAAAAGCUCCCUCUCUCUUCUCCUUCUCGUCAUCUUUGUGGCAAUCAUGAGCUUUUCAAUGCAACAUCUUGCUCAUGCCUUUUCCAAUAUUCCAUUGGAACUUUUGUAUUCGAAACAACAUCUUUCAAAAGUCAAUUCAUUCGAUGAAAUUAUUGGUGUGAAAACCUUUCUUACACUCUUCAUUUUCAAGAAGAAUGGAAGUAAAUUGGUUGACUUUAUAGAAAAUCAACAUGUCACCUCCCCCAAUCAUGAUGUGAAUAGACAAUUGGUGAUGAAUUGGCUAAAAACAAAUCCAAUCUCGAUUGGUGCCACCACUUUUCACACCCAAUAUUUAACUUCCACCUUUAACUAUUUCAAUGUUUCCAUUCAAGCAUCUGAAUUUCCCCCUCUCUCCAACUCAUCAAGCACCAUUUACAACAUUUAUCCUUCAUUUGAUAUCUGUCUUGAUAGAAAUUACUUUUUGGAAAGGUAUGAUGCUGUCCUUAUGGAACCAUAUGCCUUUUCUUUCUUUGUUAGAUUUUAUAAUAGGAAUAAUGGAUUUGGUUCUUUGAAAAAGAUGGAAAGUGGGAAUUUUUUGCCAAUUCCACUGAUUCCGUAUGAGGUUUAUACGAAUAGAACGGUUUCUAUAGAGAGUGAAACUGAUUUGUUUCAUGUUGAGAAGACGGCUUCAUGUGACAAUCUACCUGACGAGUCAGAUGCACAAUUCAUUAGAUUAUUGACAGGUUAUUCUAAUUUUUCUGAAAUAGAUGUUUCUAUUAUUGAGAGAAUCACUUCCAAAUCAUCUCUUUCAGGAAAUUGGACACUUGUAAACAGCAAACUUCCUUUACUUUUGUUAUCAGCUCCUUUUUCUGAGAUUGGAACCACCAAUUUCAAUACGAGCUCUCUCAAUAAUUUGCUUCUCUCCUCAUCAUGUUACAUGUGUAAAAGCUCAGCAUGUGUUGGAGAAAACUAUAACCCAGUGGAGGACUAUUGGAAAAUUCCUCAAUUUCUCAUCAUAUUUGGAUACUUUGCUUUAUUGUUUGGAUUUGGAUUGUUUAAAAAACCAUCACUUAGAAGAAGAAUUGCACUUCCCUACACUCCAAUUCUCAUUUUUAUUCUGAUGUUGACAUUUACUGAUCUUUCUCGGCUAUGUGUUUGUGUCGUUUACAAUAUUUCAACAUUUGUGUUAAUUUGGGGUGUCUUUAUCUAUUCAGCAACAGUUGUCAGAUUCUACUAUUUGAGAAAUUUAUAUUCUCUCAUUACAAAAUAUCCGAAACGAGAACGAUUAAUGAAAAUAUUGGCCUCAGAAAAAAGUGGCAUUCUUAUUUCGGUACUUUUAACAUUUCUACUAGCUUUGCUAUUUAAUCUCAUGGGACUAUUCAUGUUUUUCAAUGAACUAAAAGUGGCAUCUGACAUAUUCAGAUCCUUUGUUUUUGGAUUGUUUAUCCUAGUGGGUGCAAUUCUAGGACUUUUAUUUGUAAUAUUGGAUAUGAUCUCAAAUUCAAAGAGAAUUAAAACUCUUGGACUAUUCCAUUUCCUAUUCUUUGACGAUCCACUCUAUGUUCGUCUCGAUAUCCUCUCAUUAACAUUCAUUAUCAUUGUAAUCAUUAUUAUUCUUCUUGGAAAUACGAUAAUUGGUGGAUUUGAAGGAAGGGAUUCGAUUGGAGGACUAUUUAACACAAUUAUUUGUCUCUCGAUGGUGCUCAUCACUGGAGGAAAUACGGUCAUGAUUGAGAUUUAUAAGAAGGUGAAAUAUGGAAAGAAACCAAUGAAGAAUAAUGAUGAAUUGGAAGUUGUUUUACAAAAUGAAGAUUUGUUCAACUUGUUGAAAGAAUAUAGUUCCAAAGAGUUUAGUUUGGAAAAUAUUGAAUUAUAUUCGAUGCUGAUGAAAUUGAAGGGACAAAAGUUUGUUUCUGUGAAGGAAUUGGAAGAAAUUGAUCAGACUUUCAUUAAGAGUUAUUCGAAAUUUGAAGUUAAUCUUCCUUCGAGUUGUAAGAAGGAAUUUUACAAUUUGAAAGAACAAGCACUAGAAAAAUCACAAAUUGAAUUUGACAAGUUAUGGCAAGUUGUUGGAUUUGACCUGGUUUUGAACAUGUUGGACACUUUUAAAAGAUUGCAAGAAACUUCCAAUUAUAGACAAUGGGAAUCUGUGUCCAAAUAUCAAAAACAUUUACAAUGA